CCCAAGUUGCCAAGUCCUGAUCCCCACACACUUCAUUGGCUCUAUUAGGUAUAUAUAGCAAUCCCAGCUUUAUAAAUGCACAAGCCAAGUCUAUCAUCCUAAUUCGGAUCCUCUACUCAAAGCCCAUCCUUUAUCUCCUUCCUCUUGACUGAUAAACAUGGGUAUUCGUUUGCCCUCAGUGAUUACUAAUGUGAAGCAAAUCCUUAAACUGCAGAGGGAUGUUCCAAGAGGACAUCUAGCUGUUUAUGUGGGAGAUAUCGAGACGAGGAAGCGAUUUGUUGUCCCGGUAUCUUACUUGAAUCAUCCUUCAUUCCAAGACUUGUUGAGGCAGGCAGAGGAAGAGUUUGGAUUUGAUCAUCCAAUGGGAGGUCUUACAUUUCCUUGCAAAGAAGACACUUUUGUUGAUCUCACUACUCAAUUGGGUGCCUCAUAACAGAUGAAAGAGGGAGAUCCCCUGCAAUUUUGAUGGGUUUCCUUUUUGCCCUUUUCCCAUUUUCUUUUGUAGAGCAUAGGAAUCAUGGCAGACCCAUGUAUACAUUCUUUCUCCAUGUAAAUGGCUAGUGAUUCAGAUGAUACUUGAUUCUCCUUCAGAAAUCUAUGGCUGGAUUCUCUUGCUUUUUUUGUGCAUAUUCGUACAUUAGGAGUGAACCCAAGUCCAUUUGUCAAGUGUGAUUUGAUCCUUUGUUGUUAAUCAAAUAGGAUUAUUGAUUUGAUGA